CUGAAUUGUCACACACCGUCCAAAAAAGGUAUAGGGCUACGUAUUUUAUUCUGCCCUUUUGUUCUCCUUCCAAAGGAGGCAAACGUCAGUAGAGUUUCAAACCUCCACUCUCCUUCUUCCUUUAUACUAACUUUACCGAUUCCAUUUAGGGUUCUUAUCUCUCUCUCUUCAUGAAUUCCUCACAAAUGUCUUGAAUUAUAAUUCCAAGUUUAAAGGCAGACGGCGAUACACAAAGAGAGAGAGAGAGAAAUGAUGAGUGGACCGGCGGUGCACCCAGUGGAGGCUCCGCCGAUGACUAUGGCGGCACCGAUGGUGAGGAUGAAGGACUUUCAAGGCAUGCCUGGUACUCUUGGAAGCCUCUUUCUACGAUUGUGUCAGUUUGUGUUUGCUGUUAUCUCUAUAUGUGUCAUGGUUACCACCUCUGAUUUCCCUUCCGUCACCGCCUUCAGCUACCUUGUAGCUGCUGUUGGAUUACAGAUCAUAUGGAGCCUCGUACUUGCUAUUGCCGAUGUAUAUGCAAUUUUGGUGAAAAGAAGUUAUAGAAAUGUAGCAAUUGUCAGUCUAUUUGCCAUUGGUGAUGGGAUCACUUCUACUCUUACAUUUGCUGCUGCCUGUGCUUCAGCUGGAAUAACAGUUCUUAUUAGCAAUGAUCUUGAGAAAUGCAAAGUGAACCACUGCGCGAGAUUUAUGUCAGCUACAGCGAUGGCAUUUUUAAGCUGGUUUGCUGCAUCACCUUCCUUUUUCUUGAAUUUUUGGUCUCUGGCUUCUCGCUAGCUGCAGUUCUGGUCGACUGCAAAAGGAUCUUUUUUCAGUCAGGCCACCUUAACUGUUGUUAUAUGUAAAAAUCAGCACAUUUCAGUCGUUAUUGACAAAGUUGUAUAAGAUUAAGAACUAUUUCGAAA